AUGACGAAUAAACAUGAAUUGCCAUUGCCACAUCUUAAACCAUCACGCACAAAACUCAUAAUAUCAUCAGAAAGAACCGGAUUCCGUCAUCUAUAUCUUGUGACAAAACCAUCGAUGCACUCUCCCAGUUAUCACGUUCGAGCAAUAACAUGCGGUGAAUGGCCAGUUAUCGAUCGACCGAUUUACGUGGAUACACGACGAGAGCUUGUAUAUUUCAUGGCGAAAAAAGACACACCAUUGGAAACACAUCUAUACGUAGCAAGUUUCUCGGAGAUGUCGAAUCCUAAUGAGAUAGUACGAUUGACUGAUUUAGGAUAUAGUCAUGUAAUUGUGAUGGAUGAACAUUGCCAGAGAUAUUUAGACUUGUUUUCCAGUUUGAGCGAAAAACCGAAAUGUAGUGUUCGUUAUUUAGAAUGGGAAAAAGGGGGCGGAAUAUUUCCUCAUGUGAGCCAAAAAAAAGGUGUUUUCAUCAAGGGAGGCACUGAGAUUGAAGUUUCGGGUGAAAGAGAUGAUGAAAAGUAUAAUAAUAGCAGCAGUAGUAGAAUUGUUAACAUUUGUGAUCCAACCUCAGGUAUAGGAAAAUUUUUUGAGUUCCUUAAUAAGGAUGGUGUGGUUAUACAUGGAUGCAUAUAUCAUCCAGAUAAUUAUAUACCUGGUAAAAAAUAUCCAACAUUAUUGAAUAUUUACGGCGGACCAAAAUCUCAGAUGGUAACAAAUGAUUACAAAUUUCCCCGAUAUCUCCGUCUAUUUCUUGCAGCCAAACUCGGCUUCACCGUGGUCCUAAUCGACGGACGAGGCUCAUCAGAUCGUGGCCUACAUUUCGAAUCAUAUCUGAAAAAUCGCAUGGGCUCAGUCGAACUAGAAGAUCAAAUAGCCGGUCUACAAUACUUGGCUGAUAGAAAUAUGGGGGUCGACUUGGAUCGAGUCGCCAUUACCGGAUGGAGCUAUGGCGGGUAUCUAAGCCUGAUGGCACUCGCACAGUAUCCUCAAGUCUUCAAAAUAGCAAUCGCCGGUGCGCCAGUAACACAAUGGGAGUUGUACGAUACCGCGUACACGGAACGGUAUAUGGGCUUGCCGUCAGAGAAUGUUGAAGGAUAUCGGAAAGGAAAUGUGUUAAAUUGGGCUGAUAAGUUUCCAGACAGUGAAAACCGGUUAUUGAUUGUACACGGGCAAAUCGAUGAGAACGUUCAUUUUAAAAAUUCCGAGUUACUAGUUUCAGCGUUAGUCAAAAAUAACAAGCCGCAUGUUCUACAACCUUAUCCUACAGAGCGACAUGGCUUAAGACAUUCGAAUGUAGCGGAGCAUUUUGAAACAUUGAUGUUCUUCUGGCUGAUAAAUUAUUUAUAG